CAUCAACUCCUCUUUCUUUCUCUCUCCUCAUCGUCUUUCAUAUCAACUGGAGAAAAGCAAAAUCAAGAGAGGAGAAAGAAGAAAGAGAGAUGUGUCCGUUAAGGCUGAUCCUCAUAUUCUUGUCGGCGACUCUUGCUGGCUUCUUUGUCCUCAAGAAGCUCAACACUUCCUACGACGAUCCUCUCGCCGACCCUCUCGCCGAAGCUGAUCCCGUCGACGCUGACUCUGACUCUAACUCCAGAUUCUCUAAGGUGGGAACGGCAAUGAAGUCUGGAUUUUGGACAUGCGUUGACAUGGCAAGUGGCCGCUAUCUCUGGAACCAUCUCUGUUCCAAUUCCGACAAGUCUUCUUGAGUUCUCUUACUCUCUCUCUCUCUGUCUCUAUCUCCAUUGUCUGUAAUUGUCUAAUUGUUGCAAUGGACAACGCCAAAAUCGCAUAUUGUCUCUGUACUAUAAUUACAGAUCUCGUCUUCACCACUAAAUUUCAAUAAAGCCGAGUCUUUUAUCAGUU